AUGGUGAAAGUUGGCUAUGCAUUGGUCUUGACAUUGGAAGGUGUCAUGUUGGUUUUAACAGAGGAUUGUCCUUCCAUUCCUGGUUUAAAUGAAAAUCGAACUGUUCGGGAUGCAUACGAUAGAUGGAUUAGGACGAAUGAUAAAGCUCGUGUCUAUAUCCUUGCCAACAUAUUUGAUGUCUUGGCUUACCAGACUAUGAUGAGAGCUAAAGGUCUGGAACCGGAAAUAAGUGUUACUACCGCUAAGAAGGGAGGAGCAUCCUCCAAAAAGCCUGAUGUUGCUUCCUCUUUACAGAGUAAGAGUAUUCCUUUGUUCAAGAACACUGGUGACGGUGUUAACCAAUCUGAGUAUGUGAGCAUCAUAGGUAGUCUCAGAUACACUACUAACUGCACUAGGCCUGAUAUAGCUUAUGCUGUAGGAUUACUUUGGAGGUUUACAAGUAUACCUAGUAUAGAGAAUUGGAAUGCUAUAGAAAGAGUUAUGAGGUACUUGAAGAAAACCCAGAAUCUAGUAUUACAUUAUCAAAAGUUUCUCAUUGUCCUAGAAGGGUUCAGCGAUGCUGACUGA